GUGAAACACUCAACACAGACUCCAGCAAACUCCAUCAUCACCGGAGAAAUUUGCAUUCGAAGGACAAAAGAUUUUUAAAAAUACUAAAAAAAAUUUUUUUUUUGAAAAAGUGAGAGAGACGGAGAGAGAGAGAGCGAGAGAGAGAGAGGAUUGUGGACAAGCUUCCCUUUGAGAUCUUCAAGGGAUUAACAGAGAGAGAAAGGAGAGCAGGAGGAAACAUUAGCUCAGCUCCUGGCAGCUUCCAAAAUGCGUCAUCAGCAUGGACUCUUCAUGCUCGCCCUCCUGGCAUUCCUGUUUGUAAUUACGGUUCUCGGGACGGAUUCUGGAAAGAAAGAAAAACAAGAAAAGAAAGUGAAGAAAUCCGACUGCGGGGAAUGGCAGUGGAGUGUGUGUGUGCCCACCAGCGGAGAUUGCGGCUUGGGGACCCGAGAGGGAACCCGUUCCGGAAAGGAAUGUAAACAAACCAUUAAGACUCAAAAAUGCAAGAUUCCCUGCAAUUGGAAGAAGCAGUUUGGAGCAGAGUGCAAGUACCAGUUUCAGGAGUGGGGAGACUGCGACCCAGACACAGGGCUGAAAACCAGAAGCGGCAGCUUGAAAAGAGCCCUACACAAUGCCGAAUGCCAGAAAACCGUCACCCUGUCCAAGCCCUGUGGGAAGGUCACCAAACCAAAACUUCAAGAAUCCAAAAAGAAAAAAAAGGAAGGAAAGAACAAAGAGAAACUUCUGGACUGAGAGGGGGAGGAGCCGGCAAUGGGAGGAGAGCGCAUGAGUCUGGGAAGCGGGAGGUUCUAACGACCAGUUCAUUCCUACCUAGAACUAUCCCCUGAAGCUGCCUCCUAGCCCAGUGGUAGAGUAGUGUAAGCGGGGUGUUACUUUCUAUAUAAUUGGGGGGGGCAGGGUUUGAUGACUGUGGGGUAUAUUUUUUAAACAAUAACACUGUCUUAGACGACCUUACACCAACGAGUAGUACUUACGUUGACUAGAAGUGUAUAGAGCUCAGCUAACAAUGGCGUCCGUGGGAGCGAAACCUGAAUAACCGGGUUUUUAUAUUGCGCCUAUCAAUGAUGUUGUUACCCAUCAUGCAACACUAGGAAGCCUGACAUCAGUUUUUUAAAAAAAAAAACAAAUAAAUUAGGGAGGUUAUUUAAUGAAGAAUCCCGUAGACGAAAACUGAAUCAAAAUCAACACAAGAGCAGAUGACCAUGUCCUACUAAUGCAUGUUGUCCAUAGGGGAAAUCAGUCAUAGGAUGGGUUACAGCAACAUCUGGAGAACUUAGAACCCCAUGUGCUGCUGGUGCAUCUACCUGGUGCCCAGGUUCAUACUUAAAUCCUGGUCCACAGUCAAGUCAUGGGUCAACCCUGGAGCAGUCUAACUAAAUAUGACUCCAACAGACAUGGGACCAGUCCAAACCAAUCUUCUACUGAUCAACCAUUAAGGCUGCCAGAGAGUCUUACAGUCUUCAUAUUGACCGCUCCUGCCCAACCCACUUUUACUAUGCAGGGACCCUUCUAGCCAAUCCUAACAUAUUUAUUGUGAUCUGUCCCGGUUUUUUUUUUUGGUUCCUUGUGAAAUCAAAAGAUAAUAGAAGGUAUAGUUGGUAGAGAUGAUGCCUAUAUCAACAGUAGGAUAAUAGUCACUGGGAAGGGAGUGUGACUGUGGGAUAGCAGGUAUAGUAGGGAGAGAUGGUGUCUAUAGUAACAGUGGAUAAUAGUCUCUGGGAAGGGAGUGUGACUGUGGGAUAGCAGGUAUAGUAGGGGGAGAUGUGUCUAUAGUAACAGUGGAUAAUAGUCUCUGGGAAGGGAGUGUGACUUUGAGAUAGCAGGUAUAGUAGCGAGAGAUGGUGCCUAUAGUAACAGUGGAUAAUAGUCUCUGGGAAGGGAGUGUGACUGUGGGAUAGCAGGUAUAGUAGGGAGAGAUGGUGUCUAUAGUAACAGUGGAUAAUAGUCUCUGGGAAGGGAGUGUGACUGUGGGAUAGCAGGUAUAGUAGGGAGAGAUGGUGUCUAUAGUAACAGUGGAUAAUAGUCUCUGGGAAGGGAGUGUGACUUUGGGAUAGCAGGUAUAGUAGGGAGAGAUGGUGUCUAUAGUAACAGUGGAUAACAGUCUCUGGGAAGGGAGUGUGACUGUGGGAUAGCAGGUAUAGUAGGGAGAGAUGGCGCCUAUAGUAACAGUGGGAUAAUAGUCUCUGGGAAGGGAGUGUGACUGUGGGAUAGCAGGUAUAGUAGGGAGAGAUGGUGCCUAUAGUAACAGUGGAUAAUAGUCUCUGCGAAGGGAGUGUGACUGUGGGAUAGCAGGUAUAGUAGGGAGAGAUGGUGUCUAUAGUAACAGUAGAUAAUAGUCUCUGGGAAGGGAGUGUGACUGUGGGAUAGCAGGUAUAGUAGGGAGAGAUGGUGUCUAUAGUAACAGUGGGAUAAUAGUCUCUGGGAAGGGAGUGUGACUGUGGGAUAGCAGGUAUAGUAGGGUAACACCUGAUAGUAGUGUUGUCUGGCCAGCAGAAACAUAUCUGUACAACUCCCAGCUCCCACUUGGCUUGCCUGGCUGAUCAUUUUCCCCAGGUCAGUGACGAUGCAAAUUAAAACUCCAGGACACUCCCGGCAUCUCAUCAAGGUGUUGGCAACGUGGUGCUAUGAUAUAUUUCUCCGGAAGACGAGAUCCAUCAUUGUGACGCUCUCAGCGGUUGCCUGAGUUAUCAGACCAUGAUAUUGUACUAAGGACGGUGCUGUUCUAACGCUGUAAAUGAUGAUUUUUAUUCAGAUUUCCCUCUGUUCUGUAUAAUCAAUUUGCUUAGUGGAAUGAAGAAAUUAAAUAAACUAAUAAACAAA